GCCCGUCUGGCUGAAGAGUUUUUCUGGGUUGGUGGCAGCAUCGUAGCUUCCCCGCGAUGGAAAAUCGGCCAUGUUGUGGAAAGAUGUAUGAGUUCCAUGCAAGCGGGUACCCAAAUGAUCAAACUCCGUGGCAGUUCCAAAGGGCUGGUCCGCUUCUAUUACUUGGAUGAACACAAGUCGUGUAUUCGCUGGAGACCCUCUCGAAAGAAUGAGAAAGCCAAAAUUUCUAUCGACUCUAUUCAGGAGGUUUGUGAGGGGAAGCAAUCAGAGAUCUUUCAGCGCUAUGCCGAUGGCAGUUUUGAUCCCAACUGCUGCUUCAGCAUCUACUAUGGAGACCAUAUGGAAUCUCUUGACCUGGUAUCUUCCAGCGGAGAGGAAGCACGCACCUGGAUCACGGGGCUAAAAUAUCUGAUGGCAGGGAUCAGUGAUGAAGACAGCCUCUCAAAACGCCAAAGGACCAGAGAUCAGUGGUUGAAGCAGACAUUUGAUGAGGCAGAUAAAAAUGGUGAUGGCAGUCUGAGCAUCAACGAAGUGCUCCAGCUAAUGCACAAGCUGAAUGUGAACCUACCCCGACAAAAAGUCAAGCAAAUGUUUAAGGAGGCUGACACAGAUGAUAACCAGGGCACGCUGGGCUUUGAUGAGUUCUGCGCCUUCUAUAAGAUGAUGUCGACACGACGCGAUUUGUACCUGCUGAUGCUCACCUACAGCAACCACAAGGACUACCUAGAUACCGAUGACCUCAGACGCUUUCUGGAGAUCGAACAGAAGAUGACCAAUGUGACUAAAGAACACUGCCUGGAAAUCAUCAGCAAGUUUGAACCGUGCCUGGAGAACAAGAAGGAGGGAGCUCUGGGGAUUGAUGGUUUCACCAAUUACAUGCGGAGUCCAUCAGGGGACAUAUUCAACCCAGAACACUACCAAGUGAAUCAGGACAUGAGUUAUCCUUUGAGUCACUAUUUCAUUACCUCUUCACACAAUACCUACCUCAUGGGAGACCAGCUGAUGUCCCAGUCUAGGGUGGACAUGUAUGCAUGGGUGCUACAAUCUGGCUGUCGUUGCGUAGAAGUUGACUGCUGGGAUGGGCCAGACGGUGAACCGAUUGUCCACCAUGGAUACACUUUGACUUCCAAAAUUCUCUUCAAAGACGUGAUUGAAACUAUCAACAAAUACGCCUUUAUCAAGAAUGAGUACCCUGUUAUCUUGUCAAUUGAGAACCACUGCAGUGUCAUUCAGCAGAAGAAGAUGGCUCAGUAUCUUACAGAAAUUUUGGGAGACAAACUGGAUCUGUCUUCUGUGCAUGAUGAUGAUUCCACCAAGCUCCCUUCACCAGCAAGUCUUAAAGGAAAGAUACUGGUUAAGGGGAAGAAACUUCCAGCCAACAUCAGUGAUGAUGCAGAGGAAGGUGAAGUUUCUGAUGAGGACAGUGCUGAUGAGAUUGAUGAUGACUGUAAACUGAUGAAUGGAGAUGCAUCUACUAAUAGGAAAAGAGUGGAGAAUAUAGCAAAGAAGAAACUUGACUCACUGAUAAAAGAAUCUAAAAUCCGUGACUGUGAAGAUCCAAACAAUUUUACAGUUACCACUCUACCAUCAUCAGGAAAGGCUGGUCUAAAAUCAGAUAGUAAGAAGAGUAAACUUGAGGAUGAUGUGGAAUCUGGGGAAGACUUCAGUACCAAUAAAAGGCACAGCCGGUCAUUGAUGGGCAGUUUUUCUAAACGCAAGAAAAAAGGAAGCAAAUUGAAAAAGGCAACAAGUCUGGAAGAGGGUGAAGAUGAUUCGGAUUCUCAAGGAAAUUUAGCCAGGAGCUCUGUACAUUACAGCAGGAUAAACCGGCAAAAGAAAACAAUGAAGCUGUCCAGGGCACUCUCUGACUUGGUGAAAUACACAAAGUCUGUUGGCAUUCAUGAUGUUGAAACUGAAAUCUCUUCGAGCUGGCAGGUUUCAUCUUUCAGUGAAACAAAAGCCCAUCAGAUACUGCAGCAAAAGCCAGCACAGUAUCUACGUUUCAACCAGCACCAGUUGUCCCGCAUCUACCCAUCUUCUUACCGUGUGGACUCUAGCAACUACAAUCCUCAGCCAUUCUGGAAUGCUGGCUGCCAACUUGUUGCACUAAACUACCAGUCAGAGGGGAGAAUGCUGCAACUGAACCGGGCCAAAUUUAAUGCCAAUGGGAAUUGUGGCUAUGUCCUCAAACCAAACUGCAUGUGUCAAGGUGUCUUUAAUCCAAAUUCUGAAGACCCACUGCCUGGGCAACUGAAGAAACAGCUGGUUCUAAGAAUUAUCAGUGGUCAACAACUCCCAAAACCACGUGAUUCCAUGUUGGGAGACAGAGGAGAAAUCAUAGAUCCAUUCGUCGAAGUAGAAGUUAUAGGCUUACCUGUUGAUUGCUUCAAAGAACAAACUAGAGUAGUUGAUGAUAAUG